AUGGCGAACAUAUUAAUUACAUUCGUCGCUGUUGCCACAGCAGUUAUAUUACUUGUGUAUGCUAAUCGAUUACGUAGACUGCGACGUGUACCAGGUAUGUUAUAUUUUAUUCUAGAAAUACAUUAAUACAAAAUCUCAUAGCCCACAACCAUUACCGUACCUUUAUCAAGGCAAGAUGUAUAUAAAAUAAUCUAUAAUCGAUUCAGAUUUUGUAGCCUUACACGAAAUGUGUAAUUUUGAUAUUGAACACAGGGAAAACAGCAGGAUCCGGAAGACAGUAAACAAUAUUUAUGUGCAAUGGGUUAGGCCCGGAAUUAUUUCGUGCAGGACCAAGGUGCAUAUACCGAUAAACUAUUCUCAUGUGUAAAAAAAUUAAGUUGAUUGUAUAUCUUGCAGGCUAAUCUGUAAGGGACGGAUUAGCCCAUACAACGAGCUACCUGCAUGACGAUGCUCCAGUUGACUAGUCCCGCUUUCCUACAAUUGGAGCACGUUAAUUUUUUGCUGAAUAAAGAGACAGCCAUUACACUUUUGUAACAAAACCCAAAUACAGUAUCGUAGUCAGUAGUACAGUUUUCAUGGAUGGAUAUAGGAAAAACAUACGGCGGGGUUUAUUUUAUAGCCAGGCAUCUCUAUUACAUCGCGUUUUUAUAAACUUGUUUCAAUGACGUGACAAUUAAGGGGCCCGGUCCAGUGAACUCCAUGUCUUUUAUCUGGAACGAUAACAUGCGGGAGAAACGUGAAGUCAACGCCACUUCACGCUAACGACAGCGUGUUGACUUGUGAUUUACCGUGCGAUGAUGUCGUAUAAGGGGAUUGAAACUGACAUACUAUAUGGCGUAGCGUUGGACCGCGCGGUGAUGGCGUGUAAAUGGACUGAAACUGACAUACUAUAUGGCGUGGAAAUGGCGUGGAGGGCUAACGCCACUGCUCACGCGAGGCUUCGCUAAAAAAAACACUGCCAAAUGACUGAGUGUUAUCGUUACAGGUAAAGUAAAAUAAAUGGAGUUCACUGGCCCGGUCUCGCUCAUAGUGCCUGUGCCUAUUUAGUACAUGUCAAAAAAUAACACGUAUUUAACAGCUACCGUUUAUUAGAAAACAAAAAAUCUCAUUGAACAUGAAUUUGGAAAUAAAACAAAAUAAUAACCAUUGUACUUUUUCUAGAUUUUCCAGACAAUCCAAGGUCAUACUAUAGAUCCGUGUGUAACGUUUCCUGCAUCUCAGAAACUGAUGGUCACACCGAGAAAUUUGUAGAAUACACUCAGGAAUAUCAAAAGGAAUUAGGACAACGAACAUGCG